AUGAAGUACGUCAUAGAACACAUGGAAGAAGGAUUUUCCGAAUGGGUCAUCUUAGAAUACUCUCAAAUUAUCAGAGAUGUAGGUAAAGAUAAUCUCAUUCUUACUUCACUUCCACCAUCCACCACUGAGAAGGAUAUUCCUCAGAAGUUACUUGACCUUGGAAUCAACUGGACUACCAAGGAAUGCGUAGAAUUAGAAAAAGGUGGUUUACAAAAAGACGAAGUAUGUUUACUUGACCCUGCUGCUGAGACGGAUUUAACCCCUCAAGAUAAAUCUAAAUUCAAGUAUUUUGUAUUUGGUGGUAUAUUAGGUCAACAUCCAAGAAUUGACCGUACUGGGAUACUACGUGAAAAAUACGGGUUUGUGGGAAGAAGAUUGGGGUCAUUACAAAUGACUACAGAUACAGCCGUUCGAACGACACAAAGAAUUAUUGAAGAUGGAAUAGAAUUUGACAAGAUUAAAUUUUUGGAUUAUCCUGAAAUUAAAUAUAAUAAAUACGAAUCUACCGAAAUGCCAUUUAGGUACAUUGUUGAUGAGAAGGAUGAACCAGUUUUACCUGAAGGAAUGUUGGAAUUGAUCAAGCAUGAUGCUGAUCAGAGUAUAGAUGACUUGUUGAUUAAUUGA